AUGGAUUCGGAAUCAACACCACCUGAGAACGAUCCAUGGACUUUAGCCAAGAACCGAUUUCUUGCUGAGCUCGACCCCGAAGAAGUUGUCAUCUUCAACAAUGCAACUCUCGAGAACCUAUACUAUGGCGCUAGUAACUACGAGCGUGAGGACUCCCGAAAUAGCAAGGCACGCGCGGUACUUAACAAGCUUGCUCCUUUGAUCUCCGCGAUCGAAAGUUAUGGUAAGGCGAUUGAUACCAUGGUCAACGUCGCACCACUAUAUCUCGCACCGAUAUGGGGAUGCCUUAGAGUCACACUUGUUAUGGCAAAAGCGCAUGCAAAGUUUUACGAUAGAAUGGUCGAAACCUUUCGUAGAAUUGGCAGCCUUCUUCCUCGGUUUCGUGACUAUGAGAGAAUAUUCGACGGAACGCGGCAUAAGCGCUUGAGCGAAACUCUAGCAGCUGCUUACCUUGAAAUCAUCAUACUAUGUACACAAUUUCGCAAAUCCCUUCGUGCCCAGAAAACAUCAACUGUCCGAAGAAUCUUCAAACCAAUGUCCCUCGACAGCGAGUUUGACGAUGCCAUUGAGAGAUUCUGCCGUCAUAAAGAAAGUGUUGAAGCCGAAGCAAGAGUUUGCGACAUGAUCGAAGCAUCUGAACAACGGAAAGCACAACUUAUAUUGCUAUCUGCAGAGAGAAGGAGGAAAAUUCUCGACAAACUUUCCAGCCCAAACCAUAACCAGCGACAUAAAAAGCUACUCAAGGCCAGACAUCCUGAGACAGGCCAAUGGAUUACCACCUGCGAUGAGUAUCAGUUUUGGCUUGCAUCUAAUGGAUGCUCAGUGGUCUGUUGCUUUGGAAUUCCGGGCUGUGGGAAGUCUGUUCUCACAUCUGGCGUGAUCCAAAAGCUCACCGAACAGGAAAUCGUGCUCUUUCAUUAUUGCGACUACGCAGAUAAACGCACUUUAGACCCCAGCAAUCUUUUUGGUAGUUUGACCCGUCAAGCCCUAGAGAAAUUAGAUGUCAUCCCAGAGGAGCUAGCCACCGCGAUCGAACGCGAGCACCACAACGGGGAACAGUUCGCGGACCCUUCGAAAACUUUUGAAUUCUUUGAAACUGCGAUAAAGCAUCUCCCUAGAGUGACGCAUGUGGUACUUGAUGGGUUAGAUGAGGCCACCGAAGAGUCGCAGAAGACCAUUUGUUCUCAGAUCGGGCACUCGCUAGAGUCCAGCCAUCUGAAGCUGUUCAUCACUGCGCGAGACGACAUUACAGCAAUGCUGCAUCUCUCGGCGUCGGUACCACAGCUCAGGACCGCGAUGCAAUCGACAUCAAAUUCUACCGACAUUGAGCGUUACAUAAGAGGAGCAAUAGAGCGGCUCAUACUGGACGGAUCUUUAGCAGUGAAAAACAAGUUCAUGGAGGAGACCAUUAUCACAGAAUUGAUCAAGGGUGCUAAAGGCAUGUUUUUGUGGGUUGAGUUCCAACUAUACGAUCUUUGUGAGGCAGAGUCCCAUCACGGAAUAAAGCUAGUUCUCAAUAACCUACCGCAAAGCUUAAGCGACACUUACGAUCGGCUGCUAAGCAAGAUCGAGGGCGCCGAAAGACAAGACAUAAUUGAAAGGAUGUUUAAGUGGGUUCUCUGCACAAUUGAACCUCUUACGGUCGAUCAGAUGAAAGAAGCUAUUGCAUUCACCAUCGAUGACACUGAUUUCGAUUCUGAAAAGAUCGUAACAAAUUUCAAUCGACUCGUUCGAGCGUGCAGCAACUUGAUAGUUGUCGAUCAUGAAGAUACCGGUGGGAUUGUUCGACUAGCUCACCACACUGUACACCAGUACUUACUCCAGCCAACAUAUGAACAUACCAGAUUUCAUUUCAGUAUGGAUGAUGCUCAUAAAAUGGCAGGAGAAAUUUGCCUUGCUUAUUUGAACUUUGCUUGCUUUGACGGCCAAGUUUCUGUUUAUAGGACGCAUGAAAACCCAGAACUGGUUGUUUUGGAGAAAGCUGCUAGAACAGGCGUUUUGAUGUCUCCUGAAAAUCCAGGAUCAAGAGCUUAUAAGGCGUUCAACGCAUUUCGACGUCAAAAAGCCCUAAUGCCUAUUGAUAUCUCCCGUCAUCUUCCGCGAAUUCCCCCGAAAGAACCCGGCUUUGAGAGCUUUGCUUUCCUAAGCUACGUAUCAAGAUAUUGGUUGUGGCACACCACUCACCUUUCUACCAAUCUUCAUCAGACUGAUGCGCGUCUCACCAAAAUUGAGCAGCGUUUCCAGAGUUUGGCUCAUCGAGACAGAAUGCUGUUUAACAUCAGACCUUGGAGCUCAGGUAACUUGAGGACACUAUUUUAUAUAAAGCUAAAUUGCAUCGGUAUACUUAGCUGGGCUUUUAUGACAAACCACCCCUUAUUGAUGAAAAUUGGGGAGAGGUUGGACCAUGAUUUUGCACCCCACGGAGGACCAUACGCAUCUUUAACACUUGUGCGGGAGGCUUGGGCCGCGUUUUUGAAAACCCGCAAGGCUUCCACACAAUUUUCGACCGAUAUCGAAUCAAUUCUCUCGUCCUUUGAAACGACCUCGACACCCGCCCCAAGAAAUAUAUGCACAUAUCCCUGUGAGAUGAAAUGGCUAUUCUUUCGUCUCAUCUACGCUUGCCGACAAGGUCAUGUUGCGGUCAUACAGUUAUUGUUUUCCAGUCCACGAGUGUUAGCAGCACCGUCGGAUAGAGACAUCAUCGACUACCUUGUAGUCGAAGCGGCCUGUCACGGCAGAUUUGGGACUGUGAAGUUUUUCCUUGAGAUUCUAGGCUAUCGGAAGUUCAAUCCCCUUAUUAGGGUCCGUAUUGACUCUCGGAAUGACCUUCUGGGUGCCCCUUUUUACACUCAAGCGCUCAAUGCCCUUGAAUAUGCCAUUUUUGGCGGUCAUAUUAACAUCGUUGAAAUCCUUCUUUACACACAUCGGGGUGCGCCUCUCGAGACAAUGCCAACGUCUUCGGAGAUGAUACUAGACCCUCGACCGGUACUGGCCGACUCUCUGGUGGAACAUAUAAUCCCGAAUGUAUGGGAAUAUUGCCGUUGGCUCAACUUAGCAAGUGACGAAGGGGAUAUUAGCUUUAUGGAAUGUCUGGUGUAUCUGGAACGUUAUCAGCUGAACUUCUUUACCGAUGCAGGAGCGAGAGAGAAGAUUGAUGCUGCUUGGGCACAAAUAUUAGAAACGGGACCCCCAGAGAUUUUCACCUUUUUAUUUACGCUAGAUCAUUCACCUCGUAGUAGCCAGAAUCUGUACAAGAAGUUGACGGAGAAGACGAGAGAGAGAUUCGAUGCGGAAUCAGGGAUAAGGUAG